GAUCGGGCUCAGUUAAUCAGUAGAAACGGCUAAGUGCUCGAAGCCUGAAGAAGGAAGGCAAAAAAGACGAAUUCAGGGAAAAGAAUUCUCCAAAAUGCCAUUUGCUAUCGUAAAACGUCGCGUCCAUUUAUUUUUUAUAUUGACUGCAAUUUUAAUUGAAGAAACUAAUGCCAGAAGUAUUGAUAACCGGUCCAAUGCGAGUGAUAAGCCGUCUCUUUCCCAACCUGGAUCUGGAUCCCCACUUGAAAAUGGCAAUUUUCAGUUUUCCAUGCCUCAGUGGUUUUGGCCAUGGUUCACAUUGUUCCAGAAACCAAUGAAAUGUUCCUACCUAAACGAAAGCGACAAAAGAGCUAGACAUCAAAGUGAGCAGUCAGAAUAUGAUAACUCAGCCUGGAGAGAUGAUCCAAUGGGCAACAAUGCCGAAGAGCUCCUCCCAAAAAAUCCCGGAGUGAGUUUCGAGGAAACGUGGAAACUCGAAACGUCGGAAUUUUCCGAAAAUAGUACCCCCGGUACUAAGAAAAAUUAAAAAGUCAAUUCACUGUCGGUCCAACUAUCUUUACUAUAUUUAUACUCGGCGCUGGAAAUUUUCCUAGAACUUUUUAAGGGUAAAAGGAAAUAAAAUCUUCCGAAGGAUUAAUUCCUCCGAAAUGAAUUCCCACGUUUAAUAAUAUCUAGAAAAAUGUCCAAAGAUCGCAGGUUUCGAUUUCACCUGGGAAAUUCGUUGUUCGACUUGACUGUACCAUCGAUCAAACGUUCGAUCGACGUAAUCAGAGGUAAUAAAAAAAAUCGAUACGCA